AUGGAUUUUAUUACACGUUCAAUUGUACUUCUAGUAUUCUUUGCUACAACAGCUACUAGUGCUGAUAUAUUCCUUGAGUGGCACGUUUCCUUGGGCCUCAAUGAUGAUCUAGUGUCUGAAAAUAAACUGGUUAUAGCAAUCAAUGGCAUGUUUCCUGGACCUCUUAUAAAUGCAACAACAAAUGAUAUUAUUCAUGUCAAUGUUUUCAAUGGUUAUAUUGAACCUGUGCUAUUUACAUGGUACAUGGUGCUUUAUGUUUUCAAUGUUUUUGUUUUAGAUUUAGAAAUGGUGCUUGAACUAAACAUGCAGAAUUAUGGUUUUGUUAUGCAUAGGAAUGGCAUACAACAAAGGCAAAAUUCUUGGCAAGAUGGAGUGUCUGGUACAAAUUGCCCUAUCCAACCUCAAACAAAUUGGACUUAUGUUUUUGAAACUAAAGACCAGAUUGGUACAUUCUUCUAUUUCCCUUCCAUCAAUUUCCUUAAAGCCGGUGGAGGGUUUGGUCCGAUUCGAGUUAACAAUCGCGCAGUGAUAAGUGUUCCUUUUCCAAAACCGGAAGCGGAGUUUGAUCUUUUAAUUGGUGACUGGUACAAUAGGAGCUACAUGGAUGUUAGGGACAGGUUGGACACUAUGGAUAUUGUUUCCCCAAGUUGGAUGUUAAUAAACGGAAAAGGUCCAUAUAUGAACAAUUUUUCAAAAACAUAUGAGACCUUCAAUGUUACACAAGGUAAGAAGAAGUGA